AUGCUUCUUCCUGUUAUUUGCUGGUUCAUCAGAGACAGUCCCAAAGUGAAAGACCUCAAUGGAAAGCAUAUCUUGAUAACUGGAUGUGACAGUAGGUUUGGGCACUCACUGGCUCAGCAACUUGCCAGAAAGGGUUUUUGCGUCAUUGCUGCAUGCCUAACAGAAAAAGGAAGUCAAGAACUGAUAACCCACAAAUCCCUCUCCUUGAGGACUGUGAUACUGGACUUAACUGAUUCCAGAAGCAUCAACAAUGUAGUGGCAUUUGUCAAAGCAGAGACUGAGGGGCAGGGUAAGUUUGGUUUGGUAAACAAUGCUGGAAGAGCAACACCUGUGGCACCCACUGACUGGAUGCAGAUAGAAGAUUCCCAUACCAUUCUCGAUGUCAAUCUGAUGGGUCUAAUUGAAAUCAUCCUGAAGCUUCUUUCACUUUUGAAAAAGGCCAAAGGAAGAGUAAUCAAUAUAGCCAGUGUAAUGGGCCACAUGGCAUUUUUAGGUGGUGGCUACUGCUUAUCAAAGUGGGGUGUGGAAGCCUUCUCUGACAUCUUAUGGAGAGACAUGCAGCAUUUUGGAGUAGAAGUGAGCAUUAUUGAACCUGGGUUCUUUAAGACUGGUGUGACUAGCUUAGAGGUUAUUGAAAAAGAUCUAUUAAAACUUUGGAAUCGGCUGUCUUCAGAAGUCAGAGAAUACUAUGGAGACAAGUACUUUGUUAAGUAUAUUAGAGCACAAAGAUUAUCAAUGAAAAGACUAUGCGACUCAGAUUUUUCUAAAGUCAUAACAUGCAUAGAACAUGCCUUGAUAGCAGAAUACCCAAGCUACACAGCUGGUUUGGAUGCAAAGUUAUUUUGGCUGUCCCUCUCCUAUGCACCAACCCUUGUAUCUGACACAGGUUUCACACUCCUGCACCUAGUCAGAAAGCAGCCCACAGAGUUCCAGUUGACAUUUAAUAUUAAGGACACCAGGACCAAAACUAGAGUGGUACAUUCCAGUAUUCAGCAACAUCCACCUGACAAUUCAGCCAUCAUGUAUCAGAGUAAAGAUGAUAUGCAGGUGAUUUAA